ACUUUUUAGUCGAUCUGUGCUACGGAAUGGUCGUUGCCGUUCUAACUUGACUCACUUUUCCGUCUUUUUCCGCCAAAUCCCCUGUCUGAAAUGGCAAAUGCUACCGAAAUGAAUGGGUGCUUAAAAAACACGUCGCCCAGGAAAAAAUCUAGAACCGACGAAUUUGCUUCUAAGGUGACAGUCAUUCUGGGGGCUCAAUGGGGCGAUGAAGGUAAAGGGAAGGUGGUGGACAUGCUGGCCACUUCAAUGGAUAUUGUGUGUCGUUGCCAGGGUGGUAACAAUGCAGGACACACCGUUGUAGCCGAUGGAGUUGAAUACGAUUUUCACCUUCUUCCUAGCGGCAUUAUUAACCCAAAAUGCACAUCGAUAAUUGGUAACGGUGUGGUAAUACAUCUGCCGGGUUUAUUCGAAGAACUGGAUAAGAACAUCGCCAAAGGAUUGAAGGACUGGGAAAGCAGAUUGAUCAUCUCCGAUAGGGCACAUCUUGUUUUCGAUUUCCAUCAGCAAGUCGACGGUCUGAUGGAACAAGAGAACACAAAAACGGGACAAGGACUUGGUACGACCAAGAAAGGAAUUGGUCCUACUUAUUCUUCAAAGGCCACAAGGAACGGUAUCAGAAUUGGAGAUUUACUGGGUAAUUUCGAAGAUUUCAGUAAAAAAUUCCAAACACUCGUGAAAGUUUACCAAAGAAUGUUCCCAAGUUUGAAUGUGAAUGUCGAAGAAGAGUUGGAAAGGUACAAGAUUUUAGCAGAAAAAGUCAGACCUUUUGUAGCGGACACUGUGUCAUACCUCUAUAAAGCUGUGAAAGCAAACAAAAAAGUUUUGGUGGAAGGAGCUAAUGCUGCCAUGCUUGACAUAGAUUUUGGUACCUAUCCGUAUGUUACCUCCUCAAACUGCAGUGUUGGUGGUGUCUGCACUGGAUUGGGUAUUCCCCCAUGUAGAGUGGGUGAUGUUAUCGGUAUUGUCAAGGCAUACACUACCAGAGUCGGUGACGGUCCUUUCCCAACGGAAAUGAAGGAUGAAAUAGGCGAACUAUUACAAACACGAGGAGCUGAAAUCGGUGUAACGACUCAGAGAAAGAGAAGAUGUGGAUGGCUGGAUUUGGCCUUAUUGAAGUACACCAACAUGAUAAAUGGUUACACCUGCAUCUGUGUGACGAAACUUGACAUUCUGGACCAGUUUCCAGAAGUCAAAUUGGCGGUGGGAUACACUCUCAAUGGAAAGUCAAUUGAUUACUUCCCUUCAAAUGCGUCGGAUUUGGAGAAAGUGCAAGUUGAAUAUCUGAAGAUGCCGGGAUGGCAGCAAUGCACUGAAAAUAUAAGAAAUUUCAAAGAUCUUCCUCAGAAUGCUAAAAAUUACAUAAUAAAAAUCGAGGAAAUUUUGGAUGUUCCCGUGAGAUGGAUUGGAGUAGGCAAAGGAAGAGAGUCCAUCAUCAUCAAAGAAUUAAAACUUUGAGUCAUGCCUACAAAUUGAAAUUCCGAAUUGCGUUUUUUAUUCCAAGCCAAGAUAUAAUACUUUGUGCAAUAUGAAUUCAGGCCUGUGUAGUAAAGAGACAAAAUUAACUUUCAAACAAUCUUGUGAUGUCUUAAUCAAUUUCCAGCACAAAUACAAAGCGUUAGAAACUGAUGUUAUUUGAAGAUACCAAAUUCAAAACGAUAAUUCUGAAAUGUAUAUCAUCCAGUGAAAAUAAAUAGUAUUUUGAAGUCUAGUUGAAUAUAUUUUGUUGAUAGGACUUGCUCAGUUGAGCUAUUUUCAUGGUCCAUCACUUUAUUUUAUCUGUAAAAAGUAUAUAGUGCCUAAAAUAUAUGCACAAAAUGGAUUGCUUUUUGUACUUAAACUCGAUGUAUUCUGUUAUCACUUUUGACUUUCAAAAUAUAUUUCAACUUAUAUUUAUUAA